AUGGUGUUCGCGAUCCGGAAGUGGCGAUGGUGGUGUUACCAGACGUCGGUGUUGCUGACCCUCACUAGCCAGCUGGUGUCCGUGGAAGGGCAGAUAAGUCUGUCAUCUGUACCGUGUGGACAACAGCAGCAACAGCGGAUCGUUGGCGGGAUGAACUCCAACCGGGGCCAAAUAACCUACAUCGCGAGUCUCACCAAACGGGGCGGCCAUUUCUGUGGGGCAGCGAUCGUCAACGAACGGUGGCUUCUAACGGCCGGUCACUGUGUGUGCAGUGGCGCUGGUAAGGUGUUACGCGCGAACCAAAUUCAGGCCGUGUUAGGUCUUUACCGUAGGUCCGAGUUUGGUGGAAAUCAGCUCGAACCGGAUCCGUUUUCCGAUCGUGCGUAUGAAGUAGGCAUCCGGACGAUCGUGCCACAUCCGGGGCAUGUGUGUAAUAGGCCCGCGAAUGACAUCGCCCUGUUGGAGUUGGCCCGAAGGAUCGACUUCACAGCCUCCGUUCGACCGAUCUGUCUGUCUAGUGGUGCGGAUGGAUCGGCCCGGGUCGAGGGUCAAACGGCUGUUGUGGCAGGAUGGGGUUGGCAGCAAGAGAACCGAAAUUUGGGCGAUAAAGCGGACACGUUGCAGCGAGCCGUUGUGGAUGUGUUUCGGAAUGAGGAAUGCGAAAGCAUGUACCGGAGGGCGAAUCGAUCGCGAACGAUCGCACGGACGCAGUUGUGUGCCGGCAAGGGCACAGGUGGUGUGGAUGCUUGUUGGGCUGAUUCCGGUGGACCACUCGUCACGAGCGGUAACGUGCUGAUUGGGAUCGUUUCGACGGGAAUCGGUUGUGCUAGGCCGGGUUUUCCGGGUAUCUACACGCGGGUCAGCGAGUACGCCAGCUGGAUCGUGACGGUGAUCGAUCGGUUUAGAUGA